UGCGUCACGUCACACGCCGGGAGGGAGUUUUCCACUGACGACAAAAAAGCCAAAGCGCUCUUCGCUGAGCUCCAGACAAGAAGCGUCUCUGCUGCCGCGAGCAGGCACACAAUAGCGGCCACAGCUUGGCGGAGCACAGCGCGGGGAUCCCUUCCUAUUUAUUCUUUUUCUUUGGAUUAACGCCAUCACUGCCCACGGACACUUUACCACUCAUGGUGAUCGGACACUGCUGAUCAUCCACGCCAGCGCCAUGACCGGGCUUCUCAAGAGGAAGUUUGAGGAGGUGGACGAGGACCCGUGCUACUCGUCGCCCUCGCCCUCCUCCCUCUCGUCGGCCUGCUCCGCCUGGGACUCGGAGGGCGAGAGCUGCUACUCGGACACCCUGGAUUCCACUCCCAGCAACCCCGGCUCCCCGGCAACCACACAUUUCACCACGACCUCCAUUCUCAAGAAGUCCAAGAGAGCACGGCGCAGCAAUGUGACCUUUGACCAGGUGACGGUCUUCUUCUUCCCGCGGUGCCAGGGCUUCACCAGCGUGCCCAGCCGAGGGGGGUGCACUCUGGGCAUGACGCCGCGGCACAGCGCGCUGCGCACGUACACGCUCGCCGAGUUUGCGGUGGAGCAGCGGCUGCUACGCCGAGAGAAAGUCCUCGACAGGCUGCGGGAGGAGAAGCUGGAGGCUCUCAAGCUGAAGCUCACAAAAAACGGAACCCAGGACAGCGAAGAGGCGGAGCGGCUGACAGUGGACGACAUUCCUGAGCAGGACAUCGACGUGAGCGGCGCCAACCUGGAGGAGGGCUCCUUCCUCCAGCCGUACCCGUCAAGGCGGCGCUACGCUCUGCUCAAAGCGGCCGGUGUCAAGAAGAUCGACAAGGAGGAGAAGAGGCAGCUGCACGACCUGAGGAUCUCCAGGGAAAACUGUGGCUGCGACUGCCAAGGCUUCUGCGAGCCGGAAACGUGCGGCUGCAGCCUGGCCGGCAUCAAGUGUCAGAUGGACCAUUCGUCUUUCCCGUGCGGCUGCACCAAGGACGGCUGCGGGAACACGGAAGGUCGCAUCGAGUUCAACUCCACCCGUGUCCAGACGCAUUACAUCCACACCAUCAUGAAGCUGGAGCUGGAGAAGAGGCUGGAGGAGCAGUCCAGCACCGACGAGGAGGAAGUUAGCCGCACCGCCGCCACCAGCGACGCCCCGCCGUUCCAGACCAAGCACCACUCCGCGCCGUCCUUUCCCUUCAGCCCCGAGCUGGCGUCCGCCGGUGACAACAGCUGCAGCAGCGACAUGACGGACUUGUCGGACUCUUCGGCGCAGAGCGAGGACUCUGAGGCCGGGCGGAGCCCGUGCGAGCGCCGCACCCCGCUGGACGUGGACGAGAAAGGCCUGAGCCGCAUUCUCAGUUUUACCGAGAGCAGUGGCGACGGCGGGGAAAAGGACGCCCAGGACGCUUCCCAGCGGGCGUCGGCGGAAACGUUCAGCAGCUUCAGCAUGGCAGACUUCGCCGACGAGAACGACAACGUCGACGUGGCGCUGUUGGACGAGCACACGGACAAUCGAGCCGCCUCGGAACUCCUGGACGAGAACGCCAACCAGGGGAACGGGCUGUUCCACGGCAGCGUGCCACACACGCCCUCGCCCACCGUGGACCGCUCGGCCAGCUACAACAUGGACCUGAGCCUGUCGUCCGAGUCGGACCUGGAGUUCUUUGACGGCUUCCCCUGCUUGGGGUCCAGCUCGCUCUACAACUCCCUCAAGGAGUACGAGCACAUGGACAACUUUUUCCACUUUCAGCUGCCCAGCUACCCCAGCCUCCCGCCCGCCGCCGACCCCGGCACCUGCCUCCUGGAGUCCCUCAUCGGCCUUUCUGAAUCCGUCCCGGAACCCCCCACCACUUUUACGGACAAUCAGAUGUUGGAGGAAGCCAUGAAGUUGUCUGUGAUGGAGUCUGUGAAGGUUUGAUGGCUCGGGACCUUGUAGAUGUCAACGUUUUGGGGGAAGCUGUGACAUCCUCCUUGCCUGAAGUCCAAACUUGCCUUGUGAGUGUGAGAUGGCAGCUAGUGACCUCGCUGUCCGUUCUAAAACCAAACCAAGAAGCCGCAGAGGAAGAGGAGGCCCGGUGGUCUGAAUGUGCACCUCAGGGAUCAUUUUUCUAGCUUUUGGAGGCGACAGCGAGCGCUGAGCAAUGCUGUGAUGGUCUUUGCCUUCCCUUUCUCUCCCCAUCCUUUGUGUCCUUGGCCAUGCUGAAUCCUCAAGCUAGUGGACUCUGCCGGUCCCAAGAGGCUCACAUGGUACAAAAUUCCCGCUAAGUCAGCACUUUAUCUGAAGUCAAAGGCGUGCGUUUGGUGGAUUCAGCGGUUUAUUUAUCAGCUCAGAGCAUUACAAGCUGUUUACUUUUGUUAUUCUAAGUUAUUUCCUGGAGGACUUUAAUUUAUUUCUGCCUACUUUCACUCAACAAGCACUGUGGUUUCAUUUAUUUACGCCUUCAAGUGCAAUCCUGCUUUCCAGAUCCCGUUUAGGAAGGUAUUUAAUAUCUAUACAGUCCAUUUAACUUAUUAUCUCAUGAGUUAUUUAACAGUACCCAUGUUGGCAAUAAUACAAGAAAAAGAGCGGGAGGGCCGUGCUGAAUUGACUGGAUGUGCCUGCCAAUCAGGGAAGCCCCGCCCACCGAGGGGACGGCGUGCUCUCAGUGCUUCCCGUGGAAAAACUGUGGAAUCUCCCUCAAAAAGUCACUGAAACUAAAUGAUGGGCUUUGUUGUAUUUCUGCCUGGAUGACGGAAGCAUAGAGAGAAAUGACACUAAUAUUUUCUAACUAAUUUAUGUAGAAUUCUAAUCAAUCACUGACAAAUUGAAUAUUUUAUUAAGCAAAAAAGGAGUCAUUUUCAAUCGGGGACAACGUUUAUAAUAUAUGAACUAUACAGACGUUUAUGGAAGUUAACAUUGUGAAGUAUUUUCGAGAAGGUGCCGCUCAAAAGAUGAAUUUGAUUGUAUUCCGAUUUUUCUUCGGAAAGUCUGUGACUGGUGUUACAGUGUGUUUAGCAAUUUCAAAUGUUUUUUGUGAAUAGAAACUGCAUAUAUUAUACAGUUUUGAUCACACUCUCACAAGCUGAAGAUGAAGAGUUGCCUGCUCGUGUGGGCUAGGGGGCGCUAGAGAGUGGCUGUACAUAUCUCGGCAGCCUUCGAGGAUCCUUCCAUGCAUGCAGGUCCUGCUUGUUCAAACAUUCUUUGUAGACUGCAAAAUUGCCACAAAGUGCACAUUGGAUUUGAUUUUGAUUUUUUGCCUUGUUUCCCCCCUGCUUCUUUGAACUUUGAAAUCCAUGCAGAGUUCUUCUCUUGUACAAAACAUCAAACAGUGAGUGUUUAUCGGUGUAAAGUAUUUACAGUACUGCUUUUUUCUACAUUUCAAAAAUGUGUCUUACUUUUCUUUUGGCUUGUUUUGCCUUUUUGUGUUGUACAUAUUUCAGCUUGAACGGUCCUGCAGAGCAAACAAAGCUGCUUUUUUUUCAUACUCUCACUUUAAGCUGCUGUUCAACAACAGUCUCUUUCCAUCAAAGCCAUUUUGACAACCUGUCCCUCCAUAUAAUAAAACAUUUUGUAAACUGA